ACAGUCAGAAGCAAUUGAAGAUGUCUGAAAAGGAGAAAGGUAGACGUUCAAUCCUUCUGUGCAGUGCAUUCCACUUUCUCUAAACCUUCGGUAUUUGAAAUUUGGAAGAAAUAAUUUCUGAUCUCACUUGUAACUGUACUUGUUCAAUGUUUGCUUUCUCUUAAUCUUACCCUUCCUUGUUGACCUCAGUGGUCUUUGUGAAACUGUUUAGUUUGUAUCUAUUUUAAUAAUUUAUUUGCUGUGUGGUUUGCAGUUCUGUGACCUUCAAUUAUUGGCAAGUCUACGUAACAACACAAUUUAGUAAAUAUAUAUGACCACACAUCCCGCUGAGCUGGAGCUCACAAGUCAAGUUUAAAAUGCUCUUGCAAAUAGGAAUUAUCCUGUGGCUGGAAUUUUUAAAUUCAGCACAAAAUAUUGUCACAGAUGAAAAGUGUUACAGUGGAAACGGUGCUACCUACCGAGGAAAAAUGUCUGAAACCGAAUUUGGUAAAACCUGCCAACGUUGGGAUUCACAGACACCGCACAAGCACGCAAGAACAGUGGCACAGUACCCUGACAAGGGAUUGAAGGAAAACUACUGCAGAAAUCCUGAUCAAUCAUCCAAACCCUGGUGUUACACCACAAAUCCCAGUACAAGGUGGAAUUAUUGUCCAAUUCCAAAAUGCGAAGAUUAUAUUCAAUCACAAAAUAUUGUCACAGAUGAAAAGUGUUACAGUGGAAACGGUGCUACCUACCGAGGAAAAAUGUCUGAAACCGAAUUUGGUAAAACCUGCCAACGUUGGGAUUCACAGACACCGCACAAGCACGCAAGAACAGUGGCACAGUACCCUGACAAGGGAUUGAAGGAAAACUACUGCAGAAAUCCUGAUCAAUCAUCCAAACCCUGGUGUUACACCACAAAUCCCAGUACAAGGUGGAAUUAUUGUCCAAUUCCAAAAUGCGAAGAUUAUAUUCAAUACAAAACGUGUGGAAAUCAAGUAGAGGAAAACUGCUACUUUGGCACUGGCUUUGCAUACAGAGGAACAGUGCAUAAUUCGCAAACUGGUAAAACAUGUCAAAGCUGGGAUUCUCAGGAACCUCAUAAACAUACAAAGACGGCCAAAAACUAUCCGAAUGGAGACCUGAAACACAAUUACUGCCGGAACCCGAAUUGUGAAAAAUAUCCCUGGUGUUACACCACUGAUCCUGAAUCCCAAUGGGAAUAUUGUGAGAUACCAAAAUGUCAGGCAAAUCAUUCUCAAGAUAUCAGGCCACUCACAUGGAUAAAGCAGACCCAGUGUUUCACAGGAAGUGGUGCUGCAUACAAAGGGACCGUGUCUAAAACAGUUUCUGGCAAAACCUGCCAACGCUGGGAUUCGCAAGAACCGCAUGAGCAUACCAGAACUCCUGGACAAUAUCUGGAUAAGGGACUAAUACAUAACUACUGCAGAAAUCCCGAUUGCAAGAAAGCUCCCUGGUGUUAUACCACAGAUCAAAACACGACAUGGGAAUACUGCCCAGUUCCAAACUGUGAGGACUAUAAGCCAGAGAUGUGGUGUUACACUGGAGACAAUGGUGAUACGUACCGAGGGAUUGUGUCCUACACUGCAUCUGGUAAAACCUGCCAACGCUGGGAUUCACAGGAACCCCACAAACAUUCCAGUACACAGGAACACUACGCAGAUAAAGGAUUAUCAGAAAACUACUGCAGAAAUCCUGAUGGUGAAAAACAACCCUGGUGUUACACCACAGACCCCCAAACAAAAUGGGAAUAUUGUCCAAUACCACAUUGUGAUCAUUAUGAUCGAGAGAUGCUCUGUUACACUGAAAACAAUGGAUAUAAGUACCGAGGGGUCGUGUCUACAACAGUGUCCGGUAGAACAUGCCAACGCUGGGACUCACAGACACCCCAUGAGCAUUCUAUAGCAGCUGAUAACUACCCCAGGAAUGGACUGGUGAAAAUUACUGCAGAACAACUGAUCAAGAGAAAGUACCGUGGUGUUACAACAGACCCCCAAAAAAGAUGGGAAUAUUGUUCAGUACCAAAAUGUGAAGACUAUCAGCCAGAGGCACGUUGUUACAAUGGAAAUGAGACUACCUAUCGAGGGACUGUGUCUACAACUGUGUCUGGUAAACACUGUCAACGCUGGGACUCACAGGCACCUCAUAAACACACGAUAACACCUGAGAAGUUCACUGAUCAAGGUCUGAUAGAAAACUACUGCAGACAACCUGGUGGUGAGGCAGCUCCCUGGUGUUACACCACUGACCCCCAAACAACAUGGGAAACCUGCUUAAUAUCAAAGUGUGAGGAUUACAACACAGUUUCAAUUCGCCAGACAUCCACAAUCUUUUGGAGAGCGUGGAGGAGUGGGAUUGAUUUGGGUAGCUCUUUUCAAAGAGCCGGGAUAGAAAGGAUGGGUCAAUUGGCCUCUUUUUUGCUCUAUAAUUCUAUGAUUCUAAGAAUUAUUGAUGUUCUCAAAUUGCCUUCUAAUGUACAAGAAAUCAAGUGUUACACUGAAUCCAGCAGUUCUAUAUAUCGAGGGGUUGUGUCUUCAACUGUGAGUGGUAAAACCUGCCAACGUUGGGACUCACAGAAACCUCAUAAGCAUAAGUUCAUACCUGAAAACUACCCUGGCAGGGCACUGACAGAAAACUACUGUAGAGAUGUUGAGGCGAAAAUACCCUGGUGUUACACCACAGACUCCAAAACAAGAUGGGAAUAUUGUCCAAUACUAUACUGUAAUGAUGAAACUCCAGAGGCAGACUGUUAUACUGGUAGUACCUACAGAGGGAUUGUGUCUACAACUGUGUCUGGUAAAACAUGCCAACGCUGGGACUCACAGGAUCCCCAUGAGCAUCAACGUACAGUUCAGAACUAUCCUUACAAGGGAAUGACAGAAAAUUACUGCAGAAAUCCUGACGAUGAAAAAGCACCAUGGUGUUACACAACUGACCCCCAAAAAAGAUGGGAAUAUUGUCCUAUUCCAAAAUGUGAGGACUAUCAGCCAGAGAUGCAGUGUUACACAGGAAAAACUGGUACAACAUAUCGAGGGAUUGUGCAAACAACCAAGUCUGGUAAAACCUGCCAACGAUGGGACUCACAGAAACCCCAUCAGCAUAUCAGAAUAUAUAAAGACUAUCCUAACAAAGGGCUAAUAGAAAACUACUGCAGAAAUCCCGGUGAUGGUGAGGCUCCAUGGUGUUACACCAUGGACCCCGAUGUAAGAUGGGAAUAUUGCUCAAUUCUGUCCUGUGAGGAAUACAACUCUGUUCGCAAGCUGCCCGCAGUUGAUGUUGAUGCGUUUUGUUAUAAAAAAGACGCCACAUACAGGGGGACUGCAUCGCAAACUGUGUCUGGUAAAACAUGUCAGUGCUGGGAAUCACAGGCACCUCACGAGCAUUCAAGAACUCCUGAGAACUACCCUUAUGAAGGAUUGAAGUUAAACUACUGCAGGAAAUUUGAUGGCGAGGUAAUCCCCUGGUGUUACACCAAUGAUCUAAAAACAAGAUGGGAAUAUUGCAAUAUUCCAGCCUGCAAGGAAUAAAUGGAGGGAAAAAUCAUUGAAAUCUGGGGGAAAUAUUCUACUUGGUGGAGGUUGUCAGCGAUAUCAGAAACAGGAGCAGGAAACAAUCCUAGUUGCAUCGGCUCCCAUCUAAUCUAUUUUUCAUACCUUUUGUGUCCAAUUGAGCUCUAAUUUACAAGUUUUGUUAACCUUGUGUAAACGCAUGUAUACAAAGUGAAACACAUGUGCCGGACCUAAAUGUAAAUGCAAUGUAAAUGCAAUCCUUUUCACCGUCUUAAUACUAAUAAACCUUGCAUUUUA